AUGCUGGACGGCCUGAAGAUGGAGGAGAGCUUCCAAGGCGCCAUCGAGACCUCGGCCUCCUUCUCUUCGCUGCUGGGCAGAGCGGUGAGCCCCAAGUCUGUCUGCGAGGGCUGUCAACGGGUCAUCUCGGACAGGUUUCUGCUGCGGCUCAACGACAGCUUCUGGCACGAGCAGUGCGUGCAGUGCGCCUCCUGCAAAGAGCCCCUGGAGACCACCUGCUUCUACCGGGACAAGAAGCUCUACUGCAAAUAUGACUACGAGAAGCUGUUUGCUGUCAAAUGUGGGGGCUGCUUCGAGGCCAUCGCACCCAAUGAGUUUGUUAUGCGGGCCCAGAAGAGUGUGUACCACCUGAGCUGCUUCUGCUGCUGUGUCUGUGAGCGGCAGCUCCAGAAGGGGGACGAGUUUGUCCUGAAGGAGGGGCAGCUGCUCUGCAAAGGGGAUUAUGAGAAGGAGCGGGAGCUGCUCAGCCUGGUGAGCCCAGCAGCAUCAGACUCAGGCAAAAGUGAUGAUGAAGAAAGUCUUUGCAAGUCAGCCCAUGGGACAGGGAAAGGAGCUGCUGAGGAUGGCAAAGACCACAAGCGCCCCAAACGUCCCAGAACCAUCUUGACAACCCAACAGAGGAGAGCAUUCAAGGCCUCGUUUGAAGUAUCCUCCAAACCGUGCAGAAAGGUGAGGGAGACUUUGGCUGCAGAGACGGGGCUGAGCGUCCGUGUGGUCCAGGUGUGGUUCCAGAACCAGAGAGCUAAGAUGAAGAAGUUGGCCCGGCGGCAGCAGCAACAGCAGCAAGAUCAGCAGAACACCCAGAGGCUGAAUUCCGGUCAGACAAAUGGUGGUGGGAGUGCUGGGAUGGAAGGGAUCAUGAACCCCUACACGGCUCUGCCCACCCCACAGCAGCUCCUGGCCAUUGAGCAGAGUGUCUACAGCUCAGAUCCCUUCCGACAGGGUCUCACCCCUCCCCAGAUGCCUGGAGACCACAUGCACCCCUAUGGUGCCGAACCCCUUUUCCACGACCUGGACAGUGACGACACCUCCCUCAGUAACCUGGGUGACUGUUUCCUAGCAACCUCAGAAGCCGGGCCCCUGCAGUCCAGAGUGGGAAACCCCAUUGACCACCUGUACUCCAUGCAGAAUUCUUACUUCACCUCUUGAGUCUUCCCCCAGAGUUCUGUGGCUA